ACUGCCGAUAAAUCCCACCGAAGAAGAAGAAGACGACGCGAGACUCCUUCCCUCUCUCCCUUCCAGAAAAUUCAGCGUGACUGACGUUUCGUGUCUCAAUAGACUUAAAAAUGCGUUACGUGGCCGCUUACCUCCUGGCUGUGCUCGGUGGCAACACCAGCCCCUCCUCAAAGGACAUCAAGACCAUCCUGGGGAGUGUUGGAAUCGAGGCCGAAGCUGAGCGCCUAGACAAGGUUGUCAAUGAAUUAAAUGGAAAAGACAUCAAUGAAGUCAUGAACUCUGGCCUCUCUAAGUUGGCCUCCGUGCCAGCAGGUGGUGCUGUGGCAGCUCCUGCAGCUGGCGCUGCAGCUGGCACUGCUCCUGUUGCUGCGGAAGAGAAAAAGGAGGAGAAGAAAGAGGAAUCUGAAGAGGGAUCUGAUGACGACAUGGGAUUCGGCCUCUUUGAUUAAUUUUUCUUCCGUGAGAAGUGAAAAAACAAUAAAAUUUGAAAUUGUUACCAGAAA